AUGUCUUUACCAGCUACUUUUGACUUGACCCCAGAAGACGCCCAAUUGUUGUUGGCCGCUAACACUCAUUUGGGUGCUAGAAACGUGCAAGUGCACCAAGAACCAUACGUUUUCAAGGCUAGACCAGAUGGUGUUAACGUUAUUAACGUUGGUAAGACUUGGGAAAAAUUGGUUCUAGCUGCUAGAAUUAUUGCUGCUAUUCCAAACCCAGAAGAUGUUGUUGCCAUCUCUUCCAGAACCUUUGGUCAAAGAGCUGUUCUAAAGUACGCUGCUCACACUGGUGCUACUCCAAUUGCUGGUAGAUUCACUCCAGGUUCUUUCACCAACUAUAUCACUCGUUCUUUCAAAGAACCAAGAUUGGUCGUUGUUACCGAUCCAAGAUCCGACGCACAAGCUAUCAAGGAAGCUUCUUACGUCAACAUCCCAGUCAUCGCUUUGACCGAUUUGGAUUCUCCAUCCGAGUACGUCGAUGUCGCUAUCCCAUGUAACAACAGAGGUAAGCACUCCAUCGGUUUGAUCUGGUACCUAUUGGCAAGAGAAGUCUUGAGACUAAGAGGUGCUUUGGUCGACAGAACUCAACCAUGGACUAUCAUGCCAGAUUUGUAUUUCUACAGAAACCCAGAAGAGAUUGAACAACAAGUUGCUGAAGAAACUGCUGGUGUCGCUGGUGAUGAAGAAGAAGCCAAGGAGGAAGUUACCGAAGAACAAACUGAAGCUACUGAAUGGGCUGAAGAAUCUACCGAAGCUGUCGCUUGGUAA